AUGUCCGGAGAAGCAGAGAGGGCAUCUAAUGCCACGGCUGUUGUUUUCAAUACUUCCGACGCCUUAGAGCAUCAUGUUUUGGAUGCUCUAUCAUCAAUGUUUCCUCGUGUCUACGCCAUCGGCCCCUUUCAGUUUCUACUCAAUCGCAUCCCGGAUGGUAAUAUGGAAAUGAAAUUUGUCGGAUCCGGUCUAUGGAAAGAAGAGCCCGAGUGUAUUCAAUGGCUCAACUUGAAGAAACCCAACUCAGUGGUUUACGUGAACUUUGGCAGCGUUACUAUAAUGUCAUCGCAACAACUGAUUGAGUUUGCUCGGGGACUUGCUAAUAGCAACCACUCUUUCUUGUGGAUAAUUAGGUAUGAUCUUCUUGUGGGCGAAUCAAAAUUUCUUCCACCGAAGUGA